ACUUGUAUUUUCUGGUGACCUGCUGUGCGAGUAGAGGUAUAUGGCGCAGCGAAAGUGACGAGGAAUAUUCUGCAAAUUUGGAUUAUUACCAACGUGGAUGUUUUUCGGGGAUCAUGCAAAUACCCUGAAAUGAGCGUGUGAGAUGAUAUCACUUCCGAAAGUGUGGAUAAUAAUCACUGGCCCAUUGAUGACCACGAGCAGUAGGGGUCGCAGGAAUAGCUGCUGCUGUUGCAUUCAUAAACACUUGUUUAGGACUCACAACCACCCCUGAGCUUUGCCUGGGGUGACUAACUCAACACACACGUGUGGGUUAACAAUGGCUGCAAGUGGUCAGUUGAACAUAGAUGAUCUGGCUGGAGUGGUCAGGCUGCGAGAGGAACAUAAGAAGGUGGUGAAAGACUGUGAAAGUCGAAUAUCAACCUGGAAGAAACUGUCCGAUGAUUAUGAAGCUCUCAAUGAACGUCUCGAAACGCUGCCCGAUCAACUGUCCUAUGAUGUCAUGGUGCCGUUUGGUCCUUUGGCCUUUAUGCCUGGGAAGCUGGUGCACACUAAUGAGCUCACAGUAUUGCUCGGAGACAACUGGUUUGCUAAGUGCUCUGCCAAGCAGGCCCAGAAAAUCAUCGGACACCGGAUGGAACAUGUAAAGGGUGAACUUGAUGCUCUCUCCAAAACCCUUAAGAACUUUGAAGCCAGAGUUGGGUUUGCAAAAGAUUUGGAAUCAAUCUCAGCAAAUCAAGGGGACUAUGUUGACAUCAGGGAAGACAUGAAAUGCAGUGACACUCCCACCACCAAAGUAAGGCAAAGAAUAGCUCAUAAACCCAAUUCCAAGCCUAAGCUGGAUGCCAUACUGGAUGUAAAAGAGGAAGAUGAGGAGAUUGAUGAAGACGAUACAGCUGAAGGAAGCAGGAAAGGAAUCCUGAGUGAGGAGGAGCUGUGGGCUAGACUGGAUGAACUUGAGAAACUGGAGAAGCUUGAAGAAGAGCAGGACAGAUUAUCUGAUAAUCCAGACAUAAAUGGCGAGGACACGUCAUCCUCUUCCUCGGAGGAAGAAAAGGAAGGAGAAGCUGUAAAUGGAGUGAGUCUGAAGCCAAGCUGGUCCUCAGUGCCUAAUAGCAUAGCACUGCCUGUCAUUGACCGGAAAGAGGAGGAAGACGAGGAGAAGGAGGGCGACUGUUUGCCUACCAUUUUUUUCUCUCACACUGUUGAACCUAAAAAGGUGAGGAUUAACACGGGAAAAAACACAACUCUGAAGUUCAGCGAGCGGAAAGAACAGAAGGAACACAUUAAGAGGAAAAAGAAAAACGGCCACACUAACGGACACUCGCAUCACGAACUUCACAAAAUCACCACACCAGCAGACAUCUACAGAUCAUUUGUGGACGUGAGGAAUGGGGAACCUGUUCCCAGGAAGUCCAUUCUGAAAUCCCGGAGCCGGGAGAACAGCGUGUGCAGCGACACGAGUGAGAGCAGCACGGCGGACUUUGAAGAGCGGCGCGUGAUGGGACGCAGCUUUAGCCACGACGAGGCGACUUACAGUGACACCAGUGAUGGCAUCACGGAGGAGGACAGUCCUACAACCAUACCACUGCACCCACCCAGUAGAUUUGAGGCCUUUUCAGGUACAGUGAUAGAAAAGGACCCCAUGCCCUCAGCCGUUCCUCACCUGACCAUCGCUCCUCCGGCUCUGCCCACCAUACCAGAGAGGAAACAAGAGGAGGUGGCCACCGAUGUGGCUUUGCCUCAGCAGAUCCCAAAGAAGGUGUCGAAGUUUAAAGCUGCCAGACUUCAGCAGAAGUGACCUACGAAGAAAAUGUACAAAUCAUCAUUAAUUUCUUCUUUUGUUUCCUGUGGUAGACAAACUUGUUUUCUCUCUAUACCAGUUUUAGUUUCAGUCCUCCGACACACACUUCUGUGUGUGAAGAGGUUGUUGGUAAUAACUGAACCCGGUGAUAAGGUUUCCAUCAUUCUGUUAGCUCUAAGUGACACGGUUCUCUUUACUCACCUGCUACUACAUUAAGGGACAUUUUGGACGCUGUUGACUCUCUGUCUCUGUCCUACAGUGACCUGUCUACUCAGUUCAUCUGUGCUACUGUACACUGGUUUAUGUAACUCUAGGCUGCGAUAGGUUGACCUGCCUUGUGUUUCUCUCUUUCUUAAGCGAUUAUCAUAAAGACAUUUUAUCGCCCGUUGACCUACCUAAUGAAUGUACGUAGUCCUUUGUAAUGAGCUUUAUGUAAUGACGAAAUAUUCAAAAAGGACAUAAAAAGUUUUCUCUACAAAAUGUUUCUUCUCCCUUUUUAAAAAAUAAACGUUAUUUGUUCAUUACAA